UGCGGUAGGUCGAUGCGGCGUUGUACCGCUAUCUGGGUGAAUAAAUAAAAGAUGCAGCGGAGAUCGGGUACAUAGCGGGCCCGGCGCGCAGUGCGGCUACAGACUCGGAGCAAGAUGGUCAACUACAAGCGAGUGGUGUGCGCGGCUGCGGUGCUGGCGGUGGCGGUGGCUGCGCCCGCGCCGGACUGCAAGGAGCGCGAGACGCACUACGACCAGCGGCAGAACGGCACCGAGAACUACCGGCUGAACAUCGACGGCGUCGUCAUCGCCGUCGCGCCCGCAGACUCGUUGCUCUCCGCCGCAUCUUCCAUCGAUUUCAACGAUCUAUUUGACCUGGAAGAGCUGAAUGAGCUCCAGAAGCCCAAGCCGCCGUCUGAUGAUAAGCCGCCCAAGCCGCAUGUGGAGCCGAAGCCGCAGGAGGUGUCAUCCAAGCCGGACUCUAAGCCUGACUCCCCGCCGGAGGACGCGCCCCUCAGUGACGUCGCCCUCAGCAGCGACCUCCAGAGCCAGAAGAAGGAGGCCCCCACCAGGAAAGAGAAGCCACUAAGGUGAGAUUACUGAAGAACCGCCUCGCAAGCCUGCUGGUUCCUCUGCUUAGGAGGACCCGUCACCACUGACAACCCUAUCACAAUCGAUAAUCCUUAGGUUAUUUUAGCACGUAGAGUGUCUACUUCCUAAAACAACCUUCGCACAGUAUGAUAAUGUAAUGAAUUAGACGUUAUUAUUUCAAUAAUAAUGAUUAUUACUUGAAUAUUGAAAAUAACGCUGUUGAGUGAUAUAAAUGCAUUUAUUAUUGUA